GGGAGGGUGAGCGAAUGGGUACGAGCGUUGCAGCUGGAGCUGUCAGUUGGCAAGAGACAGGGAAGCUGAGAAGAAGUGUCUUGACUGGUUCUUAUCGCUUUGGCAGAGUUGGUGUUUAUUUUCACGCUGAAACCAGUUAUCGUGAAUUUCUAAUUUAUUGGAAUACCAUGUCUAACAUUAAAGUUGCCUUAAGAAUUCGCCCACUUACGCUAAGAGAGUCGACAUCUGAAGAUCCGUUAGCUGUACAAGUGGACGCCAACAACGUUGUUCACUUGCACAAUUCAGGGACAUCGAAGACUAGUGCUGCCGAAUAUGGAUACGAUGACAUUAGUAAAAAAUCGCGCCAGUUUGCCUUUGACUAUUGUUUUCCAGCCACCGAUGGCUCUUGUCCUUCUGCCAAUAUCGCCAAUCAAGAAAAGGUGUUUGAAGUGCUGGGAAAGCCGGUGCUAGACUCCUUGUUCGAAGGUUACAAUGCGUGCGUGCUAGCUUACGGACAGAGCGGUACGGGUAAAACGUACACGAUGUUGGGAACUCCAUCAGAACCUGGGUUAGCGCCAAGACUAUGCGCCGCUAUCUUUGAUCGAAAGACGACUGAAGAUAAUUGCCAUAACUCUCACGAAUCGUCUUUUCGUAUUGAUGUCAGUUUCAUGGAGAUUUAUAAUGAAAAAGUCCGUGAUCUUUUGGAAGAAAAAUCCUCAACUCAAAAUACUGUCCAAUUAAAGGUUCGUGAACAUCCCAAAUCCGGACCUUAUGUUCAAGGUUUGAGUCGUCACGCAGUGAAUGACGCUGCGACGGCCUUAAAGCUUCUGAAUGAAGGAAUUCAACGCCGGAGUUCAGCUGCUACAUAUAAAAACGGUCAUUCUUCACGCUCACAUGCCGUUUUCACUGUACAGUGUACAGCAGCUUGUGUUGUUAAUGAUGGAUUACCUCGUGAAACAGUCGCCAAACUUCAUUUGGUCGAUCUGGCUGGAAGUGAACGAGCAAAUCACGAUCUUGUCAGCCGUCUCCGACUUAAAGAAGGUUCACUCAUUAACAAAUCUUUGGCCAGUUUAGGCAACGUCAUCAAUGCAUUAGCCGAGAAAUCUUCUGUAAGCAUGGGUAGUAUUAGUUCUCUCAACAUCAGCAGCUCGUCCACUUCCAGUAGCAAUACCACAUCCGCUCAAACGACACCUUUAACAUCACCCCGUCGAUCACGGACACCUUUUAUCCCUUACCGCGAUUCAGUAUUAACAUGGAUUCUGAAGGAUUCUUUAGGUGGAAAUUCCAAAACUUUCGUAGUGGCAGCCAUCUCUCCAUCAGCUCGCGCAUUUAAGGAGACUUUAAAUACGCUUCGAUUCGCCCAGAGGGCUAAACAUAUCGUCAAUCAACCAGUGGUGAACGAGGAAGCAAGUGUUAAAUUGAUUCGCCAUUUAAAAGAAGAAGUAUCACGCUUAAGAGCCUUGUUUUCUCAGUCGGUUGAAUUCAGUCAUCCGGAUUACAAUUCCGGAUCGAUUCGUUCUGAAAAUAUGGAUUUGAUGAGGGUUAACCAUUCCAAGGCUUGUGCGUUAACCGAAGACUGGUUACAAAAGUGGCGCUGUCGUGAAACCGAUGAAUCCGCAGACGUUAUUACUCACACUACACCACCAAGAUCUAUUGAAGUAGGUGUUCAAGCAUCAUUCCCCAUCGUCAUGGACGAUCCCGCGGAUUUGAUUCCCGUUAAAGAAGCUAAACCGGCGAAUCGGUCGCAAACGGAAGAUGCAACAAGUUUGCUAGGAAAUUCAUUCACCGUUACCGACAGUGAAUCCAAUUGUUGGAGCGACGAUAGCCUGGAUGGUUCCUAUCCCACUGAAGUUCAACAGAAGAAAUUCAUUGCAAAUUCUUCAAUUCCAUUGCCCAUAUCACAAGAAACCACCGAUCAGACGAUAAAGCCUGAUUUUAAAAUUGGAGAUAAUUUUUUCCCUCCUUGGUCUGGAUCCCAUCACCAGCCAGGACGACCGCCAACGCCAACUAGUAAAAAAAGGAUCAGUCCACGGAAAGUGUUUAAACCAAGACCAGAUGUCAGAACUAUUUUCAAUGGGGAAUUUCAACACGAAGAAAUGUGUUCCUCUCUUCUAUCUACACCUGCCAUUAUUUUCGAUCCACUUUCUGAUGGUACUUGUGGAAAACAAACAUAUUUGGAUAGUGGUUGCCAUUCCCCUAGGAAAUGUUCCAUGGAAUUGCCUUAUAAUCAUUUGCAGUCCAGCUUGGAUAACAAAGAUUCGAUGAUUAAAUUCCAUCCCGAAAUCGACAACAUGAUAAACGGUUCGUAUCACUAUGAAUCAUGUACAAAGCCACACUUUGCUAAUAAUCGAAAUGUCCCGCCUAAACUUACACCCGAACGUAAUUUAACUCCUAGCGUUUGCAAAGCCACUUGCUGCUGCCUUAUACGACAUCAUUGCUCCCAUUGCAUUUUUCAAAAACCUGAUUUUGUAGUUCAGGCAUCUCAUCAGCAUAAUAGCCAUUGCCAACAUAACAGAAGACGUAGCCAUCAUACUCAUUCGACGAUAACUUUAGAACCACACUCAUUUGAAGCUAUCAUACGGGCGGAAUUGCUAGCUAUUCGCCGCAGAAUGGUUGCUCGAACAGCCAGCCCGAAAGUCGCUAUAUCCCUACCUUAUUUGAGUGAAUGGAAAUCUAAUUCGUUUCCGAAAACAUUUGAUUUAAACAGUCAAGAUAAUUUGCCAGGCGAGGUUUGGGUUUAAUAUACGAAAUAUGUGACCGUGUUAACACCUUAACACAGCAAUAGGUUUUUUUUAUCAGCGUCUUUAUUAUGUGUUUUAUUUAUUAAAUUAUUUCCACGGACGACUCUGUAGUCGGUAACUCGGUACGUUUUUUGUUUUUUAUUUUGGAAUGCAGUUGAUUUAUUCAACCAUGCCUUAAAUUGAAGCAAUUGCAGCAG